AUGGCGCUGCGCAGCGGCAUCGUGGGGCUGCCCAACGUGGGCAAGUCCACGCUCUUCAACGCCCUCGUGGAGAACGGCAAGGCACAGGCGGCCAACUUCCCCUUCUGCACCAUCGAGCCCAACGUGGGCGUCGUGGCCGUGCCCGACCCGCGCCUGGCCGUGCUGUCGCAGCUGACGGCGUCGCGGCGCACGCUGCCGGCCACGGUGGAGUUCGUGGACAUCGCCGGGCUUGUCAAGGGCGCCAGCCAGGGCGAGGGCCUGGGCAACAAGUUCCUGUCGCACAUCCGAGAGGUGGACUCCGUCGUGCAGGUGAGGUGA